UAGGCAAGUGGCGCGUCUUAUUGGAUCCUGUGGGCGGAUGUAUGAGCCGUGCGUCCUGCUCACUGUUGACCGGACCCUGCGGUCCAUUCAGCUCUCCUCCGUAAACUAGAGAACACCUGCAACCCAUCAUGCUCAGGCGACAACCACUGUGAGAUUUCUACCCAGCUUGUAUUCCAUCAUGGUGUAUGGACAGAUUCUUCACCGCCACCCUCCUGACGACUGCUUCAUCAUCGUCAACGUUGGAGGUUUCAAGCAAAAAAUGGAGCACAACGUUCUUAACCGCUUCCCACACACCCGCCUGGCACGUCUUCUGUGUUGUAACUCCAAAGAAGCCAUCCUGGAACUCUGCGAUGACUUCAUCCCUGCAGAAAUGGAGUAUUAUUUUGACCGAAAUCCACUUUUUUUCUGUUAUAUUCUCAACUUUUACCUGACGGGAAAGAUGCACCUGGUAGAUGGUUUGUGUGUGGUGUCCUUCUACCAAGAGAUCGAGUAUUGGGGUAUCAAGGACCGCCAUCUGGACUUGUGCUGCAGUGGUAUAUUCCUGGAUCUCCUGGAUGAAGCUGGUGGCUUUGGUGAGGAUCAUGGCAGCGACGAGCAUCUCCUGUACGGUGCGGAUUCCUUCAGUGAAGACCCAUCCGCUGUGGACCAGGAAGUAGAUAUCUUUGAAGGAACCUGGUGUGCGAAUGUGCGUCGGAAUGUUUGGAUCCGCCUUGAGAACCCAUCGUACUCCGCUUCGGCCAAAGCCAUGGCUGUGGCGUCGCUGAGUGUGGUUCUGGUGUCCAUCGUGGCCAUGUGUGUGCACAGCCUGCCAGACUUUCAACAGGUGGACCACAACAACAAAGAGAUCGAAGAUCCAGUGCUGGCUUUCUUUGAGAACCUCUGUGUCGUCUUAUUUUCUGCCGAAUUUAUCCUUCGUCUGGUCGUUGCACCGUCAGCCAGGAAGUUCCUACACAGCCCUCUCAACAUCAUCGAUUUGAUGUCAGUCAUGCCCUUCUACGUGACCUUGGCUUGUGAUGUGAACAUGGUGGAUGAAGACGAUAACUCAGAGUUGGAGAAUUUGGGCAAGGUGAUGCAGAUUCUAAAAUUGAUGCGAGUCUUCCGCAUCCUAAAACUGGCUCGCCACUCGGCUGGUCUACGCUCGCUCGGGGCCACACUGCGACACAGCACUCAGGAAGUCGGGCUCCUCGUGCUUUUCUUGUUUGUAGGAGUCUCCAUGUUCUCCGCACUCAUGUACUUUAUAGAGAAGGAGUCCCUGGAGUCCGAGCUGCAGACUAUCCCCAUUGGCUGGUGGUGGGCCACCAUUAGUAUGACCACCGUGGGAUACGGGGACACCUUUCCUGUUACUCUGGCUGGGAAGCUGGUAGGAACUCUUUGCAUUCUCUCCGGGCUGCUUAUUGUGGCUUUGCCCAUCACCAACAUCUUCAAUAAGUUCACCAACUUCUACCAGAAACACCGGACGGCGGACCAGAUGAAAGCAGAACCAUUAACCAAUCAGUGAGGUCGCAACAGACACUUUACCACGGCGCUGAAGCACGACAGGGCAAAACAUUUAAAAGUAUUACUCCCAAAGAAUUGGAGUAACAUAUAGGCGGUAAUCCAUAUCAAGUAAUAUAUAUCACAUUGCAAUAUAUUCAAUUAUUAUGUAUAAUGAUUUGAAAAUAUAUACCAUGUAAUUAAAAUGUACAAGACCUUUCUGCUAAUAAAACAAACUUUACAGAUGUCCCUUUUAGAGCGGCUUUAAGACAUAAAAACGGCCACAAGGUGGCAGUAGUGCAUUUGAUUAGAGCUCGGCAUGGAUGUUUUGCAUGUAAAAACGGAUGUGGGAGAGCAUGGAGGAGCGUAGCGUACAGGUGCUUACAUAUA